AUGUCGACUUUCAGAUUCUCAUGGCGCUUCGCAGUGCUGGUUGCCUUCGUUUGCAUCUCGUCAUCACUUGCCCAAGGCCUUCCUUUCUUGAUUUUCAAUGGGAAGGUUGAGAAUGAUAUAGGUGAACCUAUUCCAGGAGCCCAGGUUCAAUUCUGGCAUACCGAUACAGAGGGUAACUACAACCAUCCAAAUGCGGGGGAGAUUCCACUUGAUCCCAACUUUCAAUACUAUGGCACGGCUACGACCGAUGACAGUGGCGACUUUCAGUUUUUGACACGACGCCCAGGAAUUUACCUUUCCCGCCCAGUGACCCAUAUUCAUUUCAAGGUCUGGUUGGAUGGUGCGGAUGUAUUCACGUCUCAAUUCUACUUUCGAGACGAAAACACAUCCUUCAACGAAAUGCUUAUCUUGGACCUUGUUGAAGCUACAGAUAUGGUCGGUGACAGCGUCAUUCCAACAUUUUCAACCAACAAGACCAUUGUUCUUGACCGAGGACUUGGCGGUUCAGGUCCCUUUACCCCACGUCAAGGCGCUGGACCUUUCUAUCCAAGAGAGGAUUUCUUUAGUCUCGGAAGUAUUUUGAUUGACAUUACUGCCGAUGAACAACCAGGUACGCCAGAACCAUCUGCUGCACCAGUUGCUCCAACGAUUCAGACUCGAGCCCCGUCCUCCAGUUCGCCUGUAUCAAAUGAUGUCUUUAGCACUGCUCCAAGUGUCACAACAACCACCACUGACGAAACUUCUUUCUCCGUCAUCAGCUGCCAACGAAAGUUCCUCUCCAUCAACAAGCACGGGGCAAACUUCUUCUCCUUCCGUAUCCCCAAAAUUAAGAGACUCCUUACGGGAAAGGAAGCAACGAAAAUAAUGACAGAAGAAGAGAAAGAACUGACCCCAGAAGAGCGAAUGCAAUGGCUUCGUGACCGGGGAAUUUUGAUUGAAACGCCAGAAGAAAGAAAGUGGCAAUCUGAAGCUGAAGCUACAAAGUCCAGCUCGUCAGCACCGACGGAGACAGUAUCUUAUGUUUUGGUUCCCGCAGAUUCCAAUCUUCCUAUGCAGGAACUAACCUUUGAAUCUUCACAAGACGUCGGUGGCGAUGGGCUUUUGGAACACGUCAAACCCACCUUUGCCAAAGACAGCAAAAAAGUUGAUUUGAGUCUACUUCAGCAACCAUCGCCAAUGCAGAUGGGAUCCUCUUCUCCUGGAAAUGUUUCUGAAGAUGCUUUGAAAAAGGUGGCACAAGAUGGCCAGGUCGAGAUUUUCAAUUUGGUUCAUCCUACACCAUCCAACAAAUUUGUCGGCAUCAAUAUCUAUUUGGACGAAAUCGGACUGUUAAAACGGCUCCCACUCAAUAACCGAGCCAGUGACUUUGCUAGAGAUGUGGGUUAUAAUCCUCCCCCACAGUUUUAUGGAGACGUCUUUCUAGGCCGUGUUCACAGGCGAGGUGCCAUCCUAAUACGGAACAUUUCAUUUGUUCUGAAUGAUACAAUACCAAAUGCUGACUGGCUGCAACAAGGAGCCACCCAGAACUUGGAGUACCAAAUGGAAAUGAACCAAAUAACAGGGCGACAAGAGACGCAGACUGAAGUCGCGGGUAGUAAUGGUGUUGCAAGUCAGGAAGUUGGAUAUACUUGGACACAAACAGAAGAAGAAGUUGAGGUGGUGGCCCCUCUACCGAAUGCUGAUAUCAAAACCAAAGACAUCAAGAUCAAGUUCAAACCUCGUCAAAUUGAAAUAUAUUGCCAAGGCGAAAAACGUUUGUCUUUCGAGAUAUUCGAAAAGGUGGACGUUGAUGGCUGUACCUGGACUAUUGAUAAGGUAAAUGGCCAGUCUUCAAUAGUAGUUACCAUGGAGAAGAUGGACGAGGCUCUAUGGCCCAGGAUCGAAAACUAA